GGGGUGGGGCGCAGGCAGGGCCACUUCCUGGAGACGAGCCGGGGCAGCGGUGUGGAGGUUCCGCAGCCGCCGCCAGAUGUUGCAGAAGGCCAAAGUAUUAGAAAGAAACCUGGAAUGGGCAUGUGCCGAAAGCCGUGAUCCCGAGGAAGGAUGGCGUCAGGCACGUGGCAGAAUCAGAAAACCUCGUCGUCUCAGAUGAGUAACGUUGGACUCGUCUCCUACACCCCGUCUCUCAUUCAGGAUGAACGUCGGGGUGGCCCACAGCGAGGUGAAUCCCAACACACGGGUGCUGAACAGCCGUGGCAUCUGGCUGGCCUACGUGAUCUCGGUGGGAGUUCUCCAUAUCAUUCUCCUCAGCAUCCCGUUCUUCAGCAUUCCCGUGGUCUGGACCCUCACUAAUGUUAUACACAACCUGGUGAUGUACUGGUUUCUUCACACUGUGAAAGGGACCCCGUUUGAGACGCCGGACCAGGGCAAGGAUCGCCUGCUCACGCACUGGGAGCAGAUCGACUAUGGGACGCAGUGCACCUCCUCCCGCAAGUUCCUCAGCAUCUCACCAGUCGUUCUUUACCUCCUCACCAGCUUUUAUACCAAAUACGACCCUGCACAUUUUAUAAUCAACACGACGUCCCUCCUCAGCGUCCUCCUCCCCAAGCUGCCCCAGUUCCAUGGCGUGCGCGUCUUUGGCAUCAACAAAUACUAAGAGUCAGCGCUGCCGAGCCGGCUGCGAGGGAAGAGGGGGCCCAUCCCAACAAGGAGUAACGAACCCAGCGUGAAGGGGCUGUCCUGUGAACUAGGCCACUGCUUGAGCCACUUGGAGGGAUUAUUUUGCAAGGGGAUUAAGUUACUCUCCCUAAUAAUCAUCGGUAUUUGGGCUUUAUCUUUUGUUUGGGUGGAGAGAGCUGUGAGGAGGGAGGGGGUGUAAGUGUCACAUGAGCUACCCUAUCAGCUGUCUACCGCUCAUGUAACUGCGAGAGGGGAGAACUGCUGCCUAGCAGGGGGGAGAUGGCCAGUCUGUGCAUCCUCCCCAUCCUUGUGUUUUAUAAACUUCUACCGUAAUAAAGACGUUUUAGAGACAA